AUGCCCCGUAAUACUCUUCAACGGCGUUUUACACGUACGUCAUUGCCGCCUGUAACUUCAUCUCCUCCAGGGCCAACAUUUCGAAAACCACAAUCCUCCCAGUUGUCAUCUUCCCGUGGCACUAAACGUCCUCGUCCAAUCUCUCCAUUCAGGGCUACUCCAAAGAGGUAUAUCGGUCCAGGUGGUCUCUUCGCAUACCAUGGGUCAUCGUCUAGUUCCUCGACCAAUGCCAAAGUGUUACCCACUCCCUCGGGGCCGAAUUUGUCUAGGGAGUCUCCUGCAUCUUUCGUAUCCACUCCCCAACCCGAAAUCGUUCGUUCUUUUACCGGAUAUCCCGACCUGGACCUAGUAGAAGAAACAAAUGCUCAAAUUGACGGCGAAGCUGAGGAAGAACAGGAUGGAGAUAAGGCUGUUAUCAUGGCAAUUGACUAUCGUGGGAGGAGGCUUGGUUGUUCUUUCUAUACUGAGCAGGAUGAGACACUAUGGUUCGUCAAUGAUAUAGAGGUCAAUAUUUUUGGUUCCAGUGGUGGAGCUGCUAGAGAGGUUCUCGAAAGCCUGAGGUUUCAAAUCCAACCGACAGCGAUGCUAUUUCCUAGCAGGGCGGACGACUUGUUCUCCAGUAACACAGACAGCGAUACUCUAGAGAGCUAUCCGGGUGUUGACUUGAGCAUCCGACCAGCACCAGAAUUUUCAGUGGAGCAAGGCCGGAACAAACUCUCUAACUUAGAUUUCGAAUCAAAUGAUGAAUACGCAACCUUCAUUACACCAAACGACACUAAUGCGAUGGAUGAUGACGAUGAAUAUGGACUAGGACCAAUGCCUGGAAGGGCUACGGGCAAAAAACAGACCAUGCUCCGACUUGAGAGCUAUAUUGAUACAGAAGGGAAUUAUGUUUCCGUGGGCUGCGCCGGCGCCGUUCUUUUGAAUGUCCGAAGGAGACGGGCCAUCCAAAACCCUCACAUUGAAGUGAGCCCGGAUGAAUGUGGUGUUUCAAGACUUAAGCUCUGGACCAUGGAGAAUACUAUGUUUUUGAAUGCAGACACCAUGACCUCGCUCCAGAUCUUCUCCGACGAAUCACAUCCAAGUUUCCACAAACAAGGGCCCCAUGGCCGUGGUAAGGAAGGCUUAUCACUUUUUGGAAUCGUAAACACUACCCGCACUCCUCAGGGUUACCAAUGUCUCAAACAAAUGUUCUUGCGUCCUUCGCUUGACUCCGGGGUAAUAACCUCGAGAUAUAAUGCUAUCAAAACUCUGAUUCGACCUGAUAACUCAAAUGCAGUUGGAGGAAUACACAAAAGCCUGAAGAAAAUCCCUGAUAUACGCAAAAUACUCAUAAUGUUGAAGAAAGGUGGUGAAAGUAGUGGGAACGGUAUGCUGGGGGACGUUGAGUUCGGCGCUAAAAGGAAGGCUAGAAGUACUUCAACAAGGACCUGGAAUUCGCUUCUUCAUUUCGUCUACAAUACAGUCAAGAUCCGAAACUACGUCGCCGAGAUGCUUGGGACACUAGAUAUCGAAGUUUUUCGAAAGAUCGCCGACGCAUUUGAGAUCGUACAUCUUCAAAACAUUGGGAAAAUGAUUGAUGACACUGUCGAUUUUGAAGAGUCCCAGUAUCAAGGCCGUGUCUGCGUCAAACCUGGUGUUGAUAGUGACCUUGAUGCCAUCAAAGAUACUUACAACAGUUUCGAUUACAUGCUUGGCGAUGUUGCAAAAGAGAUUAUGAACCAACUUCCGCCAAAAAUCAAAACGACUGGACUAAAUUUAAACGUUGUUUACUACCCGCAACUCGGAUAUUUAAUUUGUAUUCCGCUAGGACCAGAUAAGGAGCCAGUUUACUCCGGAAGUAACGACGAGGACGAUAUCAUGAAUAAGUGGGAUUGGAUGUUCUCGACAGCUCACAGCGCUUACUUCAAGAGUCAGCGGACGAGGGAUCUGGAGGAAAGUUUGGGUGACAUAUUUGGAGCUAUCUGCGACAAAGAAAUCGAUAUCCUUCACGAACUCCAAGAAAAAGUGAUGAAAUACAAGGAUUUAUUGACAUCAAUUUCCAGUAUCUGUGGUGAGUUAGACAGUAUUCUCUCACUCGCACAAGCUGCGAUGACACAUCAUUGGACCCGUCCUCUAAUUACCGAAGGCAACAUAAUCCGAAUUCACAAAGGAAGACACCCGCUGCAAGAGUUAUGCGUCGCAGCGUUCAUCCCCAAUGAUACAAACCUCGAAGGAGGUGGAGGCGAGAACAGUGACCUUAACAAUCCUCCCCAUUCUCCACUCGACAAUGAUCAGGCUAGCAAGAGCAUGAUGAUUGUUACGGGACCAAAUUACUCCGGAAAGUCCGUUUAUUUGAAGCAGGUAGCAUUGAUAGUUUACAUGGCACAUAUCGGAUGUUACGUUCCUGCCGAACAUGCCACGAUUGGCCUCACAGACGCUAUUCUUACGAGAAUUCAAACCAAAGAAUCUGUUACUAAAACACAAAGUGCGUUUAUGAUCGACUUGCAACAGAUUGCAGCGGCGCUUAGGUUGGCAAGCAGACGUUCCUUGCUAGUCGUUGACGAGUUCGGAAAGGGGACAGAAUCCACAGAUGGAGCUGGACUUGCCUGUGCAAUUGCAGAGCACCUAUUGGAACUUGGAUCAGAUGCGCCAAAAACUCUAAUGGCGACGCAUUAUCAUGAAAUCUUCGAAAAUGGCUUUCUUGUCGGCCAUCCUUCGCUUAGUUAUGGACACAUGAGAAUACUUCUCGACGAAACCGCGGAGAAAGCCCAGAACCAGAUUACCUAUCUAUACACAUUAGAACAGGGGAGAUCGACUAGCAGUUUCGGGACAGUAUGUGCAGCAAUGAACGGUAUCGAUAAAGCGAUUGUCGAUAGAGCAGAAAGCUUGAUUGUCAAACUCGCCAAAGGAGAAGAUUUAUCUAGCGCCUGUUCGGAGAUGAGUAUGAGGGAGAGGAGAGAAUUCGCCUAUGCUGAACACAUCGCACGAAGAUUUUUGAUGAUCGAUCUAGAUACCGAGAGGACAGAGGACGAAGAGAUUGCUGCAGAGGGAAGAGAGGUCAUAAAGGCAGCCUUGGAGCAGAUUUUCAAUGGGAGACUUGCGUAA